GCAAAGGUAAUGGGUGCUGAGAAGGAGCAAGUCCUUUUCUAUGCUUUCCACUCAGCAAGAUGUUAAAGGCGAAAGUAUCAAAUAACGCUCCUCUCUCAAGGCCACAAAGAAAACUUGUGGCUGAGAAUUCGCUCCCCUUGCUGACGUAGGAAUCCCAGUCUUUACCUUUCCUGUUUAACCAUGAACUAAGCAGGCAUGAAACAAAGCAGCAGUGAGCGCAAAGAAACAAGGAAUCAAAGAGCAAGGAGGGAUACAGAGUCUUCCUCCCUUCGUAGAAAACAAGGUAAAUGUUAUAAGAAAUUGGAGAGGAAGAGAUGAUAACAGAGAAAUAAGGCAAACAGAGAGAAGCAGGGGAGAUGGGGGAGAGCAUGGAUUCGGUGAUCAAGCUUUUUGGGAAGACAAUUCAUCUGACGGCGAUAAGUGAAGUUCUGGCUGCCGCCGGAGAAGAAAGCGGUGGAUAUGAGAGGAAGCUUCGGGAUCCCUUAUACAAGCUUUACAAUCCUGAACCCACACAACAAAACGAAGAAACACGAAUUCAUCAAGAAGAAGCAAGGAUUGAUGAGCUAAACACUUCAGAGUCUAUGGAAGAGAAGCACGAAGAUCAGCAGAACCAGAACAGCAACAGCACAAUAGAUAAAACACUUAAAAAACCAGAUAAAAUCCUCCCCUGUCCCCGCUGCAGAAGCAUGGACACCAAAUUCUGCUACUUCAACAACUACAACGUUAACCAACCCCGACACUUCUGCAAAAACUGUCAGAGAUAUUGGACUGAUGGAGGGAGCAUGAGGAACGUUCCUGUCGGCGCCGGUCGCCGGAAAAGCAAGAGCUCCACCGCCAGCCACCACUACCACUACCAUCACAUCACUAUCCCUGAUGAUGUUCAACCAAUAAAUCACUCAAGUCCUCUGAAACUCAAUGGAACAGUACUCAGCUUCGGCUCCAUGAAUUCCAAUGGUGAGGAUAAGUUGUGCAGAUCAAUGGUGACUACCUUGAACUCAAAUGAUGAGGGAAACAAAGCAUUAAAUUCAAAUUUCCAAGCUUUUCCUCAUUUAAAUGGGAAUCAUUGGUCUAAUCCAUGGAGUCAUACUCCUUUCUACCCGGAGACUCCAUUUUUGGCCAUGCAAUUGAGAUGCUCCGGCCUGAAUUCUUCAGUGUUAGGCAAGCGAUCUAGAGAAGGAAACACGUUGAAUCAUGGCAAAUCAGGCAUGGAGGACAAAUCUGAUAAAUGUCUCUGGAUUCCGAUUGAAGGCCAUGAAAAAGCUGCAAAACGUUCAGUAUUGGUGAAAAUGGGAUUCGAGAAGGAUGAAGCCAAUGGAGUCGUGAAGAAGAGGUCAGCGGAGGCUUCACAGGUGUUGUGCGCAAACCCUGCUGCGCUUUCUCGGUCUCUCAGCUUCCACGAGAGGUCAUAGUCAGCUUUCUACAACUCUGCUCAUGCAGUAAACAAUUUUCUAACAGAUUGGUAGGCUCAGAUUUUGUAGAAAUUGAGCUUAAUUUAUAAGUUGAUGCUUCAUUGUGUGUGAAUAUUUGUGUGUGAGAAAAUAAGAAACCAUCAGAGCGCUUGAAUGAAGAUUGUGCCUGAAUAGUAAUAAAUACUGUAUUAUUUUUAUUUGGAUAAAUAGGAGCC